UCAUUCCGACACGUUUUCAAACUGUAGAAACCAGCCACCUACCCAUCAGGCGUCAAGCAGAAACCUCACCUACCCCUUUUCAACCAACCAAAGCAUGAUCAGCGAUUAGUUUACCAUCGGUUAACUCAUCUAGCACUUCUCACAACAAGGACUAAAAAAACCCCUCUGUUUCCGGCCAUGACGCCGGGCGGACUUCUCGCCGCCCUCUUCCUCCUCCUGGCUCUGUACUGCGGCAUCGACCCUCUCAAACACAGUUCUAUCGCCAAUUUCCCUGAAUUCGAAGCUCACUUGGUGCAGAUGCCUCCCUGGUCGGAGGUUCCGGCAGCAAAAGAUGAUCGGAACUUGCUGCAGAAGGCGGAGAUCAAGUUCCUGAACCAGGUUCAGGGGCCGGAGAGCGUAGCCUUCGAUCCUCUCGGCCGUGGACCCUACACCGGCGUGGCGGACGGCCGGAUUCUCUUCUGGAACGGCGAGGCUUGGUCCGAUUUCGCCUAUACCUCUCCCAACAGGUCAGAACUAUGUGAUCCAAAGCCCUCGCCUCUGAGUUACCUGAAGAAUGAGCACAUUUGCGGCAGGCCUUUGGGACUCCGAUUUAAUAAGAGAACUGGUGAUUUAUAUAUCGCAGAUUCAUAUCUUGGAUUAAUGAAGGUGGGGCCAGAAGGUGGAUUGGCAACAUCACUAGUGACUGAGGCAGAUGGGGUGCCAUUGAGAUUCACAAAUGAUCUGGAUAUUGAUGAUGCUGGGAAUAUUUAUUUUACAGAUAGCAGUAGCAAAUACCAAAGGAGAAACUUCAUGCAGUUGGUUUUCUCUUCAGAGGAUAGUGGGAGACUCCUGAAAUAUGAUCCUCUUACGAAGGAAACCACUGUCCUCUUGCGGGGACUCCAGUUCCCUAAUGGUGUAUCUCUGAGCAAGGAUGGUUCUUUCUUGGUCUUAUGUGAAGGGUCUCCUGGCAGACUGGUAAAGUAUUGGUUGAAGGGUGACAAAGCUGGAACCUCAGAAGUUUUUGCCAUCCUACCUGGAUAUCCUGAUAAUGUGAGAACCAAUGAAAAGGGUGAAUUUUGGGUGGCAAUCCACUGCCGCCGGACCAUGUACAGUUAUCUAUGUGGGCUAUACCCUAAACUUAGGAUGUUCUUGUUGAAGCUCCCGAUUCCAACAAGGUACCAGUACCUGCUUCACAUUGGGGGCCGGCUUCAUGCGGUGGUUGUCAAGUACAGCCCCGAAGGUAAGCUUGUGAAAAUAUUAGAGGACAGUGAGGGGAAGGUUGUUAGAGCAGUUAGCGAGGUGGAGGAGAGGGAGGGGAAGCUGUGGAUGGGGAGUGUGUUGAUGCCCUUUGUUGCGGUUUAUCAGUUAGAAUGAGAUCAAAGAAGCGACCGAUUUCUGGUGUAAUGCCUCUUGUAAGAGCUUAUUUUUUACAUGAGGAACCAUGGGGCCGGUAUAUAUGUUUUAAGUUGCUGCCUUUGUAACGGUCAGACUAAUUUAAAAACAUUUAGUUUCUGUUGGUUAAUAGCUGAGAAUUUGAUUUGGGUGUUGGGAGA